GUUACCCGGUGCAGAGAUCGCGAACAGGGAGAGCCAGAGAAAAAAGUCAAUAAACAGCAAGGAAAGGGUAUCGGGGAAGCGCCUAACCACCUCUUGCCGAACGUGCUGUAUCAUCAUGGCGACUACCUGGUCCGUUUCCGUCUCCUCACGCCUCAUUGAGCGCAUGAUCGAGGCCGGACGACACCCAGGAGAACGAGCAGUGACCGCCUCCAUUUCGCGCCCCUUGUGCCUGGUCCGUAUGAAGCAAUGUGGUGCCCAAGGAAGCGGGAAGGCGUAUCUACACGUAGUCCAUGCGUAUGAGGCUCGAUAAAACCCGCGUCCACAAGAAAGAAAGUGAUUGAUUGGUGAUCUUACAACAAGCGGUUCAAGUUGUUCGGUAGCGUUAUACAGUAGUAGUUGAAGGACAGCUGGCUGUUGUAUGCCGGACUGUUGAAGAUGUAGCCCGACGCCCUCUUGUGUAGCUACAACCCCCAACUUGUUGUAGAAGCGCCUGCGUUGACUCAUUAUAUGGCGCUCCGGGGACCCGGUGGGAGAUCAUCAUGCACGACGUGCGUGCUGCACCGGUAUCCUCCCUGCUCUGCUGUAUCUCGCACUUUUUUUUUUCUGGCAACUGCACGUGUACAUGUGACCCCGGUUGGGUCGUCUAGCUGGUAGAAGUGGAGGAUAGGGGCCAGAGGGGCAGACGACAGAGUCCAAUGAUGGGAGAACAAAAAAAAAAUGUAGGGUACCGCGCCGGAUCCUUCUGUGUAUUUCCUCAUGUAGCCAAGCAGAGCGGGGAGGUCGGAACGCGUCUCUAGAUACGACUGGCGAGAUAUUUCAGGAAGCUGCUUUGAAGGUAGCAAUGAUAGAACUUCUCUGCCUUCGCCGUAACGAUGUUUUCACGAGC